AGCGGCGGCCUGGCAACGGCUUCUGCGAGCGGCGGCGGGAGGCUGGCGCGGCGGUCGCGGGGAGGCCCGGGGGGGCGGCACGGGCCCGGGCGCCCGGCGGAGGCAGCAUGGACGAGGCGAGCAGCUGUGCGAGCGCCGGCGGCGGCGGCGGUUUCCGCCCGGGCGUGGACAGCCUGGACGAGCCGCCCAACAGCCGCAUCUUCUUGGUGAUCAGCAAGUACACGCCCGAGUCGGUGCUGCGGGAGCGCUUCUCCCCCUUCGGCGAGAUCCAGGACAUCUGGGUGGUGCGGGACAAGCACACCAAGGAGUCCAAGGGCAUCGCCUUCGUCAAGUUCGCGCGCAGCUCGCAGGCCUGCCGGGCCAUGGAGGAGAUGCACGGCCAGUGCCUCAGCCCCAACGACACCAAACCCAUCAAGGUUUUUAUUGCACAGUCCAGAUCAUCAGGAAGUCAUCGAGAUGUUGAAGAUGAAGAACUAACAAGAAUCUUUGUUAUGAUACCAAAGUCCUAUACAGAAGAAGAUCUACGGGAAAAGUUCAAGGUUUAUGGAGACAUUGAGUAUUGCAGCAUUAUUAAGAAUAAAGUCACUGGAGAAAGUAAAGGUUUGGGUUAUGUUCGGUAUUUAAAACCAUCGCAAGCUGCCCAAGCAAUAGAAAACUGUGAUCGAAGUUUUAGGGCAAUCUUGGCUGAACCUAAAAACAAAGCAUCUGAAUCCUCAGAACAGGAUUAUUAUAGUAGUAUGCGGCAGGAGACUUUGGGUCAUGAACCUAGAAUCAAUAUGUUUCCAUUUGAACAACAAUCUGAUUUUUCAAGUUUUGACAAGAAUGACAACAGGGGCCAGGAAGCUAUUUCCAAACGCUUGUCAGUUGUAUCAAGAGUUCCUUUUACUGAAGAACAGCUUUUCAGCAUUUUUGAUAUAGUACCAGGAUUAGAAUAUUGUGAAGUUCAGCGAGAUCCUUAUUCAAAUUAUGGUCACGGAGUGGUUCAGUACUUUAAUGUAGCAUCAGCUAUUUAUGCAAAAUACAAGUUACAUGGAUUUCAGUACCCGCCUGGAAAUCGAAUAGGUGUUUCCUUUAUUGAUGAUGGGAGUAAUGCCACAGAUCUCCUUAGAAAGAUGGCAACGCAGAUGGUAGCUGCACAGCUCGCGUCAAUGGUGUGGAAUAACCCAAGUCAGCAACAAUUUCUGCAAUUUGGAGGAAGUUCUGGAUCACAGUUACCUCAAAUUCAGACCGAUGUUGCACUUCCAUCAUGCAAAAAGAAAGCCCCUCCUGAAACUCCUGUGAAGGAAAGACUUUUUAUCGUGUUUAACCCUCAUCCUUUACCUUUAGAUGUAUUAGAAGAUAUCUUCUGUCGCUUUGGUAACCUGAUCGAAGUUUACCUUGUGUCAGGAAAAAAUGUGGGGUAUGCCAAAUAUGCAGAUAGACUAAGUGCUAAUGAUGCCAUUAGCACGUUACAUGGCAAGAUCCUGAAUGGAGUCAGGCUGAAAGUUAUGCUGGCAGAUUCCCCAAGAGAAGAAUCUAACAAACGACAAAGAACUUACUGAUUGUUGAGCAUUUUUCCUCCAGAAAUUCAGUACCAGCUUGCAUCAUCCUUCUGA